AGCACAAAAUCCAAAGGCGAGCUGAUAAGCCUAGAUGAAUAUUUGUCAAGGAUGCAAUCCGGUCAAAACAAAAUAUAUUACCUCACAGCGACCAAAAAUCAGUUGAAAAAGUCGCCCUUUAUUGAGAUGAUCAAGAAAAAAGAUCUUGAGGUGAUACUCUUAACAGAUGAUAUAGAUCCAUAUGUGGUCCAACAUCUGUUGGCUUAUAAGGGGAAUAGAUUCCAUGAUAUAUGCCGAGAUGGAUUCAAAUUCCACGAGGAAGACCUCGAGAAGUCAUUUGGAGAACUUGUUAAAUGGUGGACAAAGCUUCUUGAUGUUGAUGUAAAAAUCAACCAUCUUCUUUUCGACACUCCUUGUGUUGUGGUGGAGUCAAGGUACGGGUUGACUUCAUUUUUGGAGAUGUUACCACAUUGGGAGCCACAGGCACAGAUGCCUGGUAGAAGAGUGCUCGAAAUCAACCCUGGGCAUCUGAUGAUUAAGGAUCUUUGUCAGCAUGAACCAAAGGAUGAGAAUGUGCAGAGACUAGCUAUAGCCAUGUAUGGUAUAGCUUUGAUCGAGAGUGGGUUGUUGCUUACACAGUCGGAGAUUUCGACUUUUCAUCCGUUUAGAUUUGCUCAAGGCAGUCUAAACAGCUUCGGAGGUGUGAAGAAGGAGCCCGAGAUUGAAAUUGGGAAGAAUCUUUUUGAAAAAAUAUUUCCAUUACCUUGGAGCCGUUCGAGCAGAAAACUGUAGGAAUUCAUAGGUUGUGUGUAAAAAUUGUGAUGGAUUAGUUUUGAAAAUUUGUACGGAUGGUGCUAUCUUUUUUUAGUGAUAAUAACUUCCAGUGUUUUGUAUGGAAAAGGAAUAUUUGUCGUGAUUAUAUAUUUUCUUUUUCCCA